AUGGAUAGUCAGUUUCCGCACUGGGAUUUUCACACCAGUUCCAUCAUCGAAGGUCGUCUAUUAAUCAUUUGGAGAAGGUUAAAUGUUAAAAUCACCAUCUUAGAGGAGUCCACUCAAGCUGUUCACUGUUUGGUGAGGGUGAUGGGAGUGCAGCAGGAUUUUGGGGUCACCUUUGUUUAUGGUUUUAAUUCGAUUGAGGGUAGGCGAAGUCUUUGGGAUGGGCUACAACGGCCUAGUCAUUUGGUUAAAUCUUGGUUAUAUUUAGGGGACUUUAAUUCCCCUUUUUCGGGCAAGGACAGAAUAGGAGGCAAGCCAAUUUCUAACACAGAACUAGCUGAUUCUAUUAAAUGGCUGGCAGGUGCACAUGUUGAGCAAUUACAUAAUAUUGGUUCAUAUUUUACUUGGACCAACAACCAAGAUGGUGCAGCUAGGAUCUACUCAAAAAUAGACCAUGCUCUGAGUAAUGAGAAAUGGUUUGAUUUAUUUUCUCAGUCUACAGCUAUAUUUAGGUGGGAAGGCAUCUCAGAUCACUGCUCUUGUCUAGUUAGAGUUCAGAACUCAAAGAAGUUGGGAUCCAAGAUUUUUAGAUUUUACAAUUAUUGGGCAGAACACCAUGAUUUUUCUGAACCCCGAUUAAAGCUUCUGGCUCAUUAUAAUAAGGCUAAAGACUCCUAUCAAGAUGCUCAGCUGCAAGCCCAAGCUCAUCCCCACGAUUUAUGUUAUCAAGAGGUUGAGAGAAUUGCAGCAGGUAACUUUUCAGCUCAGCAAAGAUUAGCUUGUUUAGGCAGUCCUAGCUUGGCUACAGGCAGGGUUAACAUUCAGCAUAUAGAAAUGGGGUUGAAACUUUCAGUUGAGCAGCAAGUGAUGCUUUUGAGACCUUUCUCUAAAAAGGAAAUUCGGGAGGCCUUAUUCAGUAUUCUAGUUACCAAAUCCCCAGGUCCUGAUGGGUAUGGCUCAGGAUUCUUCAAAGCUGUCUGGAGUGAUAUAGGUGAUGAGGUUUGUGUUGCUAUUUCUCACUGUUUUGAAUCUGGUAGGUUCCCCUCAAAACUUCAUGACACUACCUUAUCGUUGAUUCCUAAGGUUGCUAAUCCCUCUCGAGCUGUAGACUAUAGGCCUAUAGCCUGCUGCUCCACGUUGUACAAGUGCAUGGCUAAGUUGAUAUGUAAAAGACUGGCUGCUGUUCUUCCUGAUAUUGUUCAGACCAAUUAG